UCAGUGCUAAACCGCCAUUUUGUUAGUUGCGCCCGGAGAUUCAACGCUAACGCACGUCGGUUGCGUGAAAAAGUGCCACAAUCCAAAAUACGUCUGUGUUGGAUUCAAAAUUUCAGAUUGACAAAAUGAAUAGAGCACGAAAAAUGUUGAAUAUGGCAACCUCCGUUCAAGAAUCGGAAAAAGUUCAAACAUUACCUGGCCACAAUAAUAAUGUGCAAAAUAAAACUUUCUUUAAUACUCCAGCUGCACUCAGUCUACCCGACACGUUACCCAUUGAUUCUUCAGAUACAAAUUCUAUAGCAGACAGUCAACCUGAUCUUAACCUAUCAAUAUUAGAGGAUGAAGACAGUGAAGUAAGCUGUGUAACGAAUACCAAAGACACAAAUAGGCCAAAAAUAGUUGUUGAACAGAGUGACUCGAGUAGCAGUUCAAGCGACUCUGAUAAUGAUUCUGAUACCAAUUCCAGCCGAUCAUCUAGAUCCAGCAGUUCAUCAAUUGCAGAUUUUUCUUCUGAUGACAGUGUUUUAGAUCCCAACUUUCUACCUAGUCAUGAAAAAUCUUCUGAUUCCGAAGGAGAUAUACAGUCAAAAGUAAUUGCCAAACCAUUUUGUAUUUCACCCCAACCGGGCCCUUCUCGUGUAGAACCUCACUUACUCAUCAAUGAUAAUCUGCCAGUCAAUUUGGAUACUCAGUCGCCUAAUAUAGAAACACAGCCAUCCAUCAGUCAUAAUCAGUCACCCAGCGUGAAUAUUCAGUCACCCAGCAUUGGCAGUGAACCAGCUAGCGUGGAUCCUCAGCGUCUUAGUCGGAAAAGAAAAGCUAAUCCAGAAUCAUGGAAAAGAAACAAAACCAAGACUCUGAUCAAUAGCGGGAAGGCACACACAACUAUGUCUAAAUCGAAAAAAAAUAUUGCUGCCAAAAAUAUGGGACCUGUUUGUUCAGAUAAGUGUAAAUUUAAAUGUCAAAAUGUGUUUUCAUUUGAGGAACGAUUAGCCAUAUUUAAUGCCUAUUGGGACACUGGUGAUUUAAACGUUCAGAGGCAAUUUAUAUACAACCAUAUGACAAACAUUGAGCCAAAGUAUCGGUACAUCCGUGUUGAUAAAAGCAUUCGGACUGUUGUAAAGAAAUUUUCUGGAUCAAUUACUGGAAUACAAAUGCAAGAUAACCGAGGAAAACAUGGCAAUCAAUUUAAAUUGGAUGCUGCUUUGAAGGAUAGGGCAAAGGAACACAUUAACUCCAUACCCAGGAUUGAGAGCCACUACUGUCGCGCUCGCUCUAAGCGCUGUGAUGCCUUGUCCGCAAGGCGAAGUCUCUAG